AUGAGUGGUUUCAAGAAUGUGAUGAAGGAUGGCUGGCAUCCUAAGAGCAAGGAUGGAAAGAAAGAAAGUUGGCGUGGUGACUUCAAGGGGAUCAAUCAAGUGGCAGGAUGGAUGGGGAAGGGGAAAGAUUCGAGUUCCGAUGCCUCCGAACAUGUAUCCCAACCGCUAUCAUCACUGAAGGACCCUUCCUCUUUCGGUCCACCACCCAAACACAUCCAUUAUCACGGCGCGGCAGCUCUACCGAAUGAGACCACCCCGGAUCGUCGAGGGCUUGGAGCUCCGUUAUCCCAGAACCAAAUCGCAGAACAGAAUGCACGCCACCAACAAGCAGUACAGGAAGAAGAGGAAGCUGCACAAAAGCCGCCAGCUCCGCCAAUUCCUUAUCGGGUGAAUACGACUGGGCUCUCUACGAACAAUCUCCCACCGCCACCCGUACGGCGCCUGGGUACACCGGAAUCUGGUUCUCCUGCUUCGGCUUCUGCUCCUGCACCGGCGAGUGCGAAACCUAGACCACAGCCCCCGCCUCGAGUUCCGCCCCGAAAUGCCACACCCGUCUCGCAUUCUCCCUCCCCGCCGCCCGCGUACAAUGCUACGCCGCCCCCCGCAUUACAUGGAUACGUCAACCAAGAAGCGACAUCACGCCUUGCCAACGCUGGCGUUUCGGUCCCGGCACUCGGGAUCGGCGAGGCGAACGCUUCCUCACCGGCAUCAUCGGGUGCGCAAGGCGCAAAUAUCAAUGAAUUGCAAUCUCGAUUCUCGCAAAUGCGAACCAACUCGGGCUCGGGGUCUGCAGCACCGCAACCCCCAGCGCGGACUCCUAUUCCCAGCGGGAAUCGAGAGGACGCUCUGCCUCCCCCUCGCACUUUCCGCGAGCGCCAUGCAGAUAAGAUUGAUAUGGGCAAGGAGAAGUGGGGUGGAGUGACGUCGCGGUUCAAUACCUUUGUGGAGGAUCGCAAGUUCUCGGCCAACGCAAACAAGAGAAUUCCUCGACCACCCGGUCCCAAUUCCCCUAGCACUAGCAGCAGCACCACCACGACUACCACCACCACUAAUACACGCCCUUCCGCGGUGGCCGAGAUUCCAGCUCAAUCAACUGGGAACAGCUCCCUGGAAGCCCAAGCCCAACGCAAGAGAGCACCCCCUCCUCCGCCUCCGAAGAGAGCAGAUAUGCGUGCAGCUCCUGCAAAUGCCUCACCCGCCUCAUCCGCCUCGCAUACACCGCCGCCUGUGCCGCUUAACACCAGACCCCGCUGA